UAGCAUGUCUCAUUAAUAUUAAUAUGGCCAAUCGUUCGCCCAACUAGUAUCUCUGUAUCCAUCUGUGCUGAGGCCUAAGGCUUGUUUAGGUUUCAUGUUUGCUUUCGGGAGAUAAAUUGCCUUUAUUUAUAUUAGUUAAUAUAUAAUCUUUAACGCCAUUAAUUUAGUUGCGGGUAUUAAUUGCUGUUGAUUUCGCUUGUCAAAUCACUUUUUGUCUUUAUCUCAGUCGUGGUCUGGGCCUUAUUAAUUUUUUGUCUUAUUUGUAUUUACAUUUCAAGUUUUUCAAGUUGUUUUUCUUUCCUUUUCUUGGCGGGUUCUUUGUUAUUGCCUCUUUUUGACAGCAGAAGCGUGCUCUUGUGUAGACACAUUCGUGUUCGUUGCUUUUUGUUUCUUGGUUUUGAUUAAUUUACUUUGGCUGCGAACAGAAGCCACAUCGAUUUGGUUUCUUUUGGAGGUAUUAAUUUAUUAAAAUGUUAAUUAAUUUGUCAGGCGUCGACAGCCGUCGAAUUCGCUUGAUAAAUAGCCUAGAAACGAGUUUGUGGGGGAAAUGUAUCCUCUUUUUCCAAUCAACAUGGCUAUGAAAUUGAUGUGAUCUAAUAUCAAAUAAUAUUUAUAUCAAGUCUCUAGAAUAUGACUGACAAGGAAAAAAAUCGUGUGCCAGAGCCAGUGUUUGACGAUUCCAGUGAGGACGAUCUUAGCCAGGACGAUCCCAGUCGCGAUGACUCCAUUGGCACGACCACUGUCAGCAUAUCGCCCUCCAUCCUGCGACCCACCAAUCCUUCCAGGCACGACCUCUCGAAUGCCCCCUCGAUUGUCAUUUCGCUGCCCGAUGCCGAAAGUGACACCAAUUCCGAGGAAACCGCGGAGCAUCGACUCCGGCGAAGGAUGAGAUUUUUGGAAAUGCGGCGGGAACAUUACAGUAACAUGCACAGUGAGCGGUGCCACAUGGAGCACUCCGAGGAUGAGGAUCACGAAGAGCACAAAAAGCCCAACUAGAGACUGGUUCUAUUAUCGUACCCAAUCGGGUGAUAAGCAUUAGAGGGAAACUAAUCACAUUGCUAUCCCUCAGCUUUACAAUUGUUCAAGUUUAAUUAACAGCUACAAAUUUAAACAGGAAAGCCGAAACACUUAAUUACGAGAAGAAAGGAUCUACAAAUUUAAUGUUAAUGAAAUGUGUUGGUAAAAUAAUUACAAUUUGGU